AUGCUCGCGCUCGAGCAUAUCUCCCCUCUUGAAACACUAGUGGAUCCUGACAGCCAUGUGAGCAAGACUGGCUUCAAGAAAGCCGAUGACGCGGCAGAUGAGCUGCAUUGCAGUGGGUGCGGCUGCACACAUGUUAAGGGCAUUGCGCGAGGGCCCAGGCCUUUCACGGUGUCGGCAGCAAGCCAGGCCGCUGGGAAGGCUCCUCGCCCUGUGAUGAUGCAAGAGCCAAUGUCACGCCACGCCAUGCCGAGGGCACCUCAGGUGUCGAUGCAGAUGCCUCCACGACUGCCACUGCAGCCCCCGAACCAGGCACAACAAUCUCCUGCAGCACCUUUGACUUCGCCAGCUACAUCGCAGAAGCCAGUCCCCUGCCAGACAAGCCAGGCCUCGACCAGUGGAUCUUCUUCGCAUCGCCAUGAAGGACUGCCACCACAAGCAGCACCUGUCGCAUCUGCGGCUGGUCGUGUGACGGACUGGCCGAAGCAGGUGUUCUGCAGCACAGCUGAGUACGACUGGACAUUUACGAAGGAGGUCAUCAGGCCAGAUUCAGCGAUGAUUUUGGCGAUCUCGUCUCUUGACAAGGACCUUGAUGGCAAGGGCACAGCUGACCUGGUGAGAGAGCUCGGUGGGUAA